AUGCCGUUUGGUGAGAUGACGAUUACUCUAGAUGACGUAUCUUGCCUGCUUCACUUGCCCAUCAGGGGAGUUUUCUGGAGCCCUGAAGAUAUCAGUGAAGCCCUUAUUGUUGAGUGGGCUGUUGAUUAUUUAGGAGUGUCACAGAGAGUAGCACAACAACAAGUCCGUGAAUGCAGGGGUUCCUACUACAAGCUGGAGUGGUUAUAUGAUAUGUUCGUUGAGCAUAGAGCUGCAUCUAGAUGGCAUUAUGCCACUAGAGCUUAUUUGCUGAUGUUGGUUGGUUCCACUAUUUUCGCGGACAAGACGUUUACGCUUGUCGAGGCACAAUACAUCUCACUGCUUAUAGACUUGGAUGGCUUAUCUGGAUACAGUUGGGGAGCAGCUGCGUUGGUUACUCUUUACAGAUAUCUCGGAGAUGCUUCCAUGUUCAGCUAUAAGCAGCUUGGUGGUUAUCCGACUCUCUUACAGUGCUGGAUUCAUGAGUAUUUUCGAACACUUGGGAAAAAAGGAGAGAACUGGAUACCAGCUCAUAAUGUGGGUCUCCCUCGAGCGAUGAGAUGGUCAUAUAGGCAAGGUGCCUUGAAGGUGGAUGAGUUGCGACCUAUUCUGGACGAGCUGACACCUGCUGAUGUCAUAUGGCGCCCAUUCGAGAAUCAUAGAGUAUGGCGUCAGUUCGAUGAGUUAUGUCUAUAUAUGGGGUGUCUGAGGUGGGGUGACACUAUUGUUCCAUACUUUCCUGACAGAUGUAUGCGUCAGUUUGGAUACAGGCAAUAUGUUCCACAUCCACCUAUUGAUCACAGGAUGGCUAGUGAUAUUGAUGUUGACUGGAUUAGUUACCAUCAGAGCGUCCAGAAUGUGAUUCGUCCGACAGCACCAGCCACCACCCCAUACGAGACAGAUGAUGGAUAUCUUGAGUGGUAUUAUCGUGUCUCUCAUCCUCGUUUGGUACCCACACCCUAUCAUGAUGCACCAGCAGAGAUGCCAGCAGAGAUGCCAGUUCCAGUAUAUGAAGCAGGACCAUCUAAUCCUAGUUGGGCUCGUGUGUCUUCGUUGAUUCAUCGUUAUCUUCAGCAGGCUGGUGCUGAAGAUGAUGACCCACAGUUUGCGGAUUUGUUCGAGGCUUUACAUAUUGCUUGA